ACCGCUGGAGGAGGGAGACGGGAAGGAGGCGCCACGCAGGGAUUUGACGGCGGCGCGCAGGAAUACUGUCGGGAUGAGUUUGGAUGAGAGGUUUGCAAUAAUUAGGAGCAUAGGCUUGGAGAGCAUUGACGAGGAUGAUGUUAGGAGGCUACUCGGCAAGAAGGUUGCUCCAGUUUGCUAUGUUUGGUGCGAUCCCUCCCCUUCGGUACAUAUCGCACAGGGGAUCAUGAUGGUGAUCAAUGUUAGGAAGAUGGUUAAAGCUGGUUGCAGAGUUAAAAUCUUGAUAGCAGAUUGGUUUGCUCGUAUGCAGCACAAAUUCGAUGGUGAUCUAACCAAAAUUCGAACUUUUGGACUUUACAUGAUUGAGAUAUGGAAAGCAGCUGGCUUGGACCUUAACGGGGUCGAGUUCAUAUGGUUGUCCGAUGAAAUAAAUAGUCAUUCAGAUGAAUACUGGGCACUUGCCAUGGAUAUUUUCAAAAAUAAUACUUUGAGGAAGAUAGUAAGGUGCUGUGGAAUUGUGGAUCGAUUCAUGCUUAACAGAAGUAUUAUUGGUUCAUAUGACCCCAAAAAUGUGACGGCUUCAACGCUCUUUACCCCUUGCGUGCACUGUGCUUGUAUAUUAUUGCAAAAGGCAGACAUAUGGCUAUUGUCGAUGGAUCAUGAAGAGGAUCUUCACGACAAGCUAAUUAGACAGUACUGCAAAGGCAUGCAGCAUGAAACUAGACCUAUUAUUCUGUCACAUAAUAAGCUUCCCAAUUUAAUAGAACACCCUGAAUUUGCUAAGAAUGGAGAUCCAUCUUGGGCUAUCUUCAUUGAAGAUCGGGAGGAUUAUUUGAGUUACAAACUAAGCAGAGCUUUCUGUCCUGCGAAAGUUGCAGAAGGCAACCCAUGUCUGGAGUACAUCAAAUAUAUUGUGUUUCCAUGGUGUGGAUACUUUGAGGUACCCAGGAAGGAAGAGGACGGUGGUAGCAGGUAA